ACAUACCACGUGACGUCUCGCGGGACAUUACAUUUCCCGAGGCAAACUAUCAACGGCUGAAUAUUUUUUGGAAGAUAGAGAAGCAAGCAGUUGCAAUAUGCCUUCAAGAGUCACGAAAAGAGGUUUAAGUACGAAAGAAUCUAUGGUAACUGCAGGUCAUGGAGGUCAUAGUGGAUCAGGAACAUACGUCCGUCCAGGAGGUGGAUAUGUUUAUUUGGAGGAGGAUCUCACUAACGGUCAAGUUAUGGACGUGACUGACAAGUAUGUGGUCACAGAGCCAUCCAGAAGACACAUGAGACAUAUGCAGGCACCAGUCAAGACCCUCACAACCAAUGGAAGCAUGAUUUCUGCAGAACCCAGUCUUAUUAGUAUGCCUAGGCAUCGACAGGAAAAAAUCGUCACCAGAGUUCUUCCAGCUAACCAACAGAUUCAAAGAGUUGCUCAGCGACGUGUAGUAUCGACCCAAGUUGUUCAAGGGGGUUAUAGGACAGUGAUUGACAGUUCAAGGGGUGUGAUGAUGAAUGGGGGACAACAGAUCAUUAGACAAAGUCAACCAUCUGCUAGAUAUAUUCAAAAUCAACAGGUCAUCAGAGAAGUUCAGCCGUCUGCUCGAUACGUUCAAAGUUCACAGGUCAUUAGGGAAGAGCGCCCAUCUCAAAGAUACAUACAAAAUCCACAAAUGGUUCAACAGGUUGUUCGACGAUCGGCUCCCGGUAAGCAAUAUUACGUCUCAAGGUCGAGUGACUACACUUCUGGGUCCUCGUCAGAUUCAUCAACCAGUGAUUCGGAUGAGGAAAGAACCGUCAUCUCUAAAGGUGAAGUGGUACACGCUGUUAUCCGAGAUAACUGGACCUUCAGCAAGAGGGAACCAAAAGAAGAGAAAAUUGUGACCUCUGUCAAAACAAAAAAAGGUCAUAAGGAUGACGAUGCCAGUUCUUCAGCCUCGUCAAGUUCUCUAGAAAGCAGGAAGCUGAAAAUAUUGGAGCAAGUACGCGAUAAUGGCGUGGAAAACGGACAAGUGAUUGUUAAUGAUAAUGGAACACCGGUCAUUGUUAAAAUGAGAGGCAAUAAAAAGAACAAAAAAGAGAAAAAGGGAAAAAAGGAAAAAAAGAAAGCUGAGGUGGACCGAAUACUCAAGGCUCUAUCAGAGGGAAUGGUCCUGCACAAAAUCAAAGAUGGCGGCAUACUGUACCCUCGCAAGUUUAUAUUGGACACACAGAACAUGAAAUUACGCUACACUGGAUCAGAGAAGAAAUUCAGGAAAAAGAAAACCUCUUGGGAUUUAUCAAACAUUAGAGAAGUGAGAGAAGGAGAAAAAGAUUAUGCUAAAAGAUUGGAACCUUUUGAUAGGGGGAGAUGUAUAGCUGUUAUAUUUGGAGCCAAUCAUCAUACCUUACAUCUGCUAACAGAGAGCAAGCCAGAGAGGGACAUGUGGUUGAAAGGACUCAGAUUUGCUCAAAAUAUGGAACAAUAUAUGGACCAGAAGGAACAGACUGAUAGAUGGAUUAGAGAUGCCUUUAUGAUGGCUGAUAAAAAUAACGAUGAGAGAUUAGAUUUUGAAGAAGUAUUGAAACUUUUGAAACAGUUAAAUGCAGACAUGGAUAAGAAAUAUGUGCAUGAAUUGUUUGAUAAAGCCGACACAAACAAGGGUAUUGGUGAGAGGUCUACAUUAGAUGCUCAAGAAUUUGUACAUUUUUACCACUCUGUCACAGAAAGAAUUGAAAUAGAAGAAAUAUUUCUCAAGUAUGAUGGAGGUAAAGGUUAUUUCACAGCUGAUGAUCUCCAGAGGUUCAUGAAGGAACAGCAAAAGGAGAAUGUAAGUGAAGAUCAAGCCAAAGAAUAUAUAGCAGCUUAUGAACCUCAGAAAAAUAUGCAGCUAGAAGAUCAAAUGAGUCUUAUUGGUUUUAGAUGUUUUCUGUGCUCUAAAGAUCAACAAAUAUUUAAGCCUGCUCACACCAGAGUUUAUCAAGAUAUGAACAGACCUGUUACACAUUAUUUUGUAAAUUCAUCUCAUAAUACAUAUUUAGCUGAGGAUCAGUUGAAAGGUCCCAGUAAAGUAGAGGCCUACAUAACAGCUCUGUCAAAUGGAUGUAGAUGUGUAGAAUUGGACUGUUGGGAUGGCCCUGACGAUGAGCCUGUUAUUUACCAUGGUUACACAUUAACAUCAAAAAUUCUCUUCCAUGAUGUCAUCUCAGCAAUAAAAGAAUAUGCAUUCCAAGCAUCACCGUAUCCUGUCAUACUUUCUAUAGAAAAUCAUUGUUCUGUCAAACAACAAGCUGUAAUGGCUAACAAAAUAAAUGCCAUCUUUGGAGAUCUCUUAUAUGCGCCUGAGGAGCCUCCAGCAACUAUCCCAUCUCCUAGUGAUCUCAUGGGCAAAAUUAUUCUCAAGGGUAAAAGACUUGCCACAGUAGGAAACGCAGUGCCAGAAAAUGAAGAGGAACAUGAGGUCAGCGACGAGGAUGAGGCAGCUGAGGUACAGGAUGCAACUACACAGGAGAAAGAACGGGCACCAAAGAAAAAGUCAAAGUUGAAGUUAUCUCCCAAAUUCUCAGCAGCUAUAGGAAUGAAGGCUGUUAGUUAUAAAGGAAUUGAGGAAACGUUGGCUACAGACGGUAUGUUUGCAUCUAUUGGAGAAAACAAAGUGCUGAAGAUAAUAGAUCAUGACCCAGAGGGACUGAACAAACUGUCACAGAAACUGUUUGUCCGUACUUACCCAGCUGGGUCCAGAACUGACUCCAGCAAUUAUAAUCCUACACCCAUGUGGAAUGUCGGAUGCCAAGUUGUUGCCUUGAAUUUCCAGACUGGUGGUGAACCUUUACAAUUGAAUCAUGGGAAAUUUAUGGAUAAUGGAGGCUGUGGAUACAUACUGAAGCCGCAGUUCCUUUUGUCAAGUGACAAGUUUGGUAUUGUUACAGAGAAGAUUAAAAAUCCAAAGAGAAGGAAGUUAAUAGUAAAAAUAAUAAGUGCUUAUCAGAUCCCAAAGCCAAACAACUCUAAGAAAGGGGAGAUAAUUGAUCCUUUUGUAAAAAUAGAAAUACAUGGAGUGAAGUCAGAUCAACAGUCAGUGAAGACAAGUGUCAAAAACAAUAAUGGAUUCAAGCCACGUUGGGAUGAAGUUGUCCGAUUUAAAAUAUCUGUGCCAGAGCUGGCACUUGUACGAUUAGUCAUCUAUGAUCAUGAUAGAUAUUUAGAUGAUUUUAUUGGUUACAACGUUGUACCUGUUCUAUCUAUGCAAGAAGGUUAUCGCCACAUUCCUUUAUUCAGCAAGAAUGGAGACAAAAUGCCACAAGCAUUGGUAUUUGUACAUAUAGAGUUUGAAGAUGAUCUUUGAAAAGGUGCAAUGAAGCUGUGAUGCCAGUAUGAACAAACAAAAGUUUCAGCAAAAAAGCCUUUGUAAUGUGCCAUAUAUAAUAGAGCUUAACUUAUGUCACAAAUGGUACUAGCUAUAUGCUGUAACAUUGAAAGCAGAUUUAAAGCUUUAUUUAUGUUAACAUGGAUUACCCAUGGGGUACUAGUGGAUCUCCUCAAGAUGAUGUAUCAUAGAAGCUUUUUUCUGCAUGAUUUAGACUAUUUGAUUUCAUUUUUCAUCUACAACAACUUUUGAAGUAUUCAAAUACUGAAUAUAAAGCUUCAUAUUUGUAAUAAUGAUUAUUUUAUAAUUAAAAUUUUGAAACUGUUGAGAAAAAUGCAACGAAAUCUGUGUUUCAAAACUAAAAACUUGCAUAUGUGAUUUCAUAGUGUAAUUUGCAUGCAGCAUUUUCAAUAUACACAUUGGUUAAAGUUGAAUAUUCAAUAUUUGUGAUAAAACAUGUUUAUAUGAGAAAAAAAUUAUAUAAAAAAAAGAUUAAAAUACUGAGCUUGAAUUCAGGGAUUGGCAAAUGCAGAAAUAGAUGAUAUCUCACAAUUUCUCCUACUUAUACAUGACUUCUAUUAUUAUGAAUCAUAAGUUUAUACACAUGUGCCUUUUGAAAUGUCUUACACACGUUGUAGUUUAUAUAUAAACUUAGCUUGAGCCCAUUCAAUAAGGUUGUUGAAAAAUUAGUCUGAUCUCAUAAUUUUAUCUUUAAAUAUAAAUUCUGAAUUUCUGUGUUUUCACAUAUUGUAUAAAAUUUUGAUAUUUAUAUAUUAUUAUUAUUAUUAUGAGUUAUUUAUUAAAGAUUUUCUACUUAUUUAGUGAUAUUAUUACAGUGGCAUUUUUUAGUUUUAUGUUGGUAAAUGAAAUUCUGUUUACAGAAUUAAAUAGAUUUAGAAUAAAAAUUGUAUAGUUUUUAAUAUUUAUAUGUUAUGCAGCAAAAUUAUAACAAAAAUCUAUAAAGAAUUGAAAAUCAAAAACUAAAAUAUAUCAUGAAUAAUUAAAUGCACUGCUGGAUUCAUUAUCAUUGUUAAAUACAGAUGAAUAUAUUUCUGUUAAGAAAAGGGAUUUUUUUAUAGCAAAUAUCAGUUAAUUUUUGUUUUAUCAAUUUACUCACUUCAAAGUUUUUUGUUUGUUUGUUAUGUGAAUGAUCAUUAAGUCAAAAAAAUCUUUGUUUACUACUUAUUGAAAGAGUAUAUAUAUUUGCAACUCUUUGAUUGAAUUAUUUCAUUGAAAAAACAAGAAAACAGAAAAAAAUGUUUCAGAUAUUUAGAUCUCUUAGAAUUACUAAUAAAGUAUUUAAACUUGAUCAACCAAAAACAAAGUCUUUUAUGCAAGUACGCAUUAAAAUAGUCGAAUUGUAAGAUUAAAAAAGGAACUAUGUAAAUAAGAAAUAACUCAACAUUUCAGAUGUAUUUCUAUUUAGUUUCAAGAGAUUUUGAUGUAAAUAAAACGGUUGUAGGUCGUAGGCAUUAGUAUUACAUAUAGUUAUAUGCAAAUUUUAUCCUGUUAUUUAAAACAUUUACAUCAUUUAUUUCAUGUUUUGAUAUAUUUACAUACCUGUAUAUUUGAAUGAAGAUAAAUGGUCACAUAACAAAAAAAACCAACAAAUUCAUUGAAUUCAGUUAGAUCAAGAAUUUGAUGGAUAACAACAUGGUAGGCACUUUUGAUAUGAUUCAUUUUACUUAUAAUUCUCUCAAAAUCCGAAGGAAAUGCAACCACCACAAUUAAUUCAUUUGAGUGUUUCUCAUCUGCCCACCGCUACAAAUUUUGAAACAGCCCUUAGUGAUCACAUUUGAAAACGUGUCUAGCUUCGUGCAACUUCUAUUGCAAAUGAAUUAUAAAGAAAGAAUUGAAAUUAAAAAAAGAUUCUUCAAUGAGUAAUUAUAUUUUUCUUCAGUAGCAUCUUCUUAAAAUUAUAUGUUCAAGAAUAUAUAUUUCAAUUGGGUUUUUUUCAGCGAAAAAUGAUUAUUUAAGUUAAUAUUUUUUUUAAUUCUGGGAUGAAGUUCUGUUGCAAUUAAAUUGAUAGAGUAUUUUAAGAACAGAUAUAUUUGUAAGGUUUGAAUGAAAAUUAUUAGUUAUGAAAUACUGGUAUUUUUUUAUAUUCAUUCAUUUUUGUCUUGGAUUUAGAAAAAUAAUUUUAUACCUGAUAUAUAUGAUAGAAAUAUAGUAUUAAAUUUAUGACUGCUUAUUACAUCUACAACCAUGAAAUAGUUGAUAUUUUUAUUUUGAUGCAUUGAAAAUUUGCAAGGUCAACAUAUUGGAUAUUUCUGUUGUAAAAUUUUUUGUAUCCAGAUUCCAAAACAUUUGGUUUUGGCACUUGAUGUCAUUCAACUUUUAGUAGAUUCAUACUUCCCUGACCAGCUUACUAUUUGUUUCAAAUCAGUGGUCAUGUUGUUCAUUUGAUAUCAAUUUUCAUUGUUUAAAAUUUUAGCCAUAACUUCAAUUUUCUUGACAUCUCAGUGAAAGAUAACACAUGAAAAAAUGCUAAAUAAUACAUUACAUGUUUAAUGUUAAAAGAAUUAUUUUUUAUGCAUCAUAAUGAAUUAUCAACAAUAAUGUUUUGUAUGAUUUGUUUUAUUAAGAUAUCUAUGCACAUUAUAUUUACAUCAUCUGCUGUUAUUUAUGAUUACUUUUUCUUUGAUAAAGAUGUAAUUAUUAUA